UGAUUAUCAUUACUUUUCAUUAAUAUGAAAAUUUUACUAAUUUGAAAAUUUAAUUGAUGUGAAAAAAAAAUAUGAAAAAAUGUAAUACAAAAAUUGUAAAAUAAGAAUCGAAGUAAGAACUCGAUUAAAACGAUAACAGCAUAUCGCUUUUGUUUUGCCUUGUCUGACAUUUUUAAUUUUAUUAAAUUUUUAUCCAAAGGCAACGUUUUAAUUAGAUCAAAGUGUAAUGUAAUAACGAGGAAAACUCAAUUAGUUAUUCAACAUCAUAACGACGAAAAGAAAGAAGAGAAAAACAAAAAAUACGCAAAGUAGCAUCGACUGCCAAACAUCAAAGGAUAUCAUCAAUUUAUAUCCUCCAUUUCUUUUCCUAUUUUUAAUGUUCCUCCAUUUUAAAUGAAUGUGAAUAAACGAGCAAAAAUACCUAUUAUAAAAUGCGAUCAAUACCAAGAAUCGCAAAUAGAUCAAGAAAAAUUCCAGAAAGAAGAGAAUUAUUAUGGCUAUGCGUUGGACACGCUUCCGCCGGAAGUUUUGGAAAUGAUUCUUCGAUUACUUCCUCUUCAUGAUGUAGCCACUACCGUGCGUUUGGUUUCUAGACAUUGUUCAACGGUAGCGGCUGCAGUUUUAAAUGGAGCUUUUCUCACUGCUUGCACAAAAGUAGAAGGAUUGAUAAGACGUAACGAAGAACUAAUGAAAAAUGCAAAAACAGAUACCGAAUUAUUGGCUUAUAGCAAAGCUCUGAAUGCUCUGGAAUUGAUCAAAGCGCAAUAUAAAAUGUUACGAGCCGUGACGUGGAGAUAUACACAUCCACCAUCGAAGCAACAAAAAUUUUCGCGACUUUGUUUCUACGCGGGCAGUUUACUUGACAACCUGAACGAACUUCUUAACCGAAUUGCAAACUAUCACCCAUCUAUUAUCGGUCCUCGUACCUCGGAAUCGAGUGUCACUUCUUUUAUAGCCAUCUGUAAACGAUUUAUGAAUUUUUUCGAAAAAGUCUCUGAGCGCAGAGUAAACAGGUGAAUUAUUUUAUAAAAGGAUACUAGCCUUGGUAUUACGAUUCAAAUUUUUAAUUUUUUUUUUCCCUUUGGACAUAUGAUAAAAAAUAUUGAAUAAUUUCAAACGAAUCUUAAUGUUUCAACUAAUCCAUAAAAAUUUAAUUUUUUCCAAUUAUUUUUAGUAUACAGAAAAUAAUUUCUAAAUUUUGCUUACAUUUAUGGAUUAAAAUGUUACGCGACGAAAUAAUAUUAGUAGAUCGGCCCUAAUCUCCGGAUGCAAGGUCGUAGAUGUUUUGGAUUGUCUCGUAGAAGGUCGACAAGUACUAUUUUUCAAAGUAUCGUCUAACAGAAGAGGUCUCGGUGGAGCUGUAAGCAUGAAACUGAAAUACACAAUGAAACGUGCUUGGUUUACCUGUUUAGAAGUUACAAAAAAUACCGAAGAAAACUCUUGGAGGGACGAACAACGUUUUAUGUAUCUUCGAUUACGACGUCUAGUGGGUAGUGUGAACGAGCAUCUCUUCGAGAAUUUACAUUACGAACACGAACUACUCUUACAGGUUACAUUUGCAAAGGCGAGAGAAACAAAACACGAAACGAAAUAUUAUCAUCAAUAAAUAGUUCUAUCGAUAUUCUUUCCUUCCUAGAUUCCUUUGACACUUCCAUUAAGACCUCCACCAGCUUCCACUUACUCGGGAUAUGGAGAGUACGGUGGACGUUUCUUUUACUAUGGAAAUAUGAAUAAAUAUGCAUAUGAAAGUAAAUUCAUGCAUACAGUGAGCACGGCAAAUCUAACAGUCGAAACUGAACAACAGGUCCAGAGACCACCGUCAUUUGAUCUAGUGAUUGAAGUUGAUUUAAAGUGCACACCAGAAUUAGCGCCACUUGCUGUCAGAUCGAUUUUAAAAUCUGAUGAAUUUGAAACCAAUGAGUCGAAAACACACAAGAAUCAGCAGCUCUAUUUACGAAUGAAUGUCAUAUGCUCAGCGUCGAUAGCUAAUAGAUUACCUGGUAAUUUUGUGUGGGAAUUGCGUAGCCCACGACAUGUAUGUCAAAAUUUGUGAAUUACCUCGGUUUUUACAUUAAAAUAUUACACUAUAAAAUAUUGUAAGCACAUACAUUCGUAAUCAUAUACACGUAUACAUAUAUACACAUACAUACGCGUGUAUAUAUAUGUAUAUAUAUUGAAAUUAUACAAUUAUAUAUCUUA